AUACGGACGGUCGGACUAUACGGUGAUCAAACCGGGAUGAUGUUGUUGCUGCUGUCCGGGAUGUGAAAGGACAGAGGGGAAAGCGAGGGGACCACUUUCUGCCAUCGUAUGGGGAGAUAUUUCUACAUUUUGGGGGCUGCUCCACUGUUUGCUACAUUUCUCCCUGGAUCGUGGAGAGCAGUCGGAGUUGACACAAACUCAGUGUAUUUAGCAGCGUUGUGUGGUAGCGACCAGUUGAAGUUGGCUUCCUGCCUGUUGAGAUGUGCCAAUAGGAAACUCUGUGGACAGGGGUUCAUGCUGAUGAAAUUGAUCUGCUCAGUGAGCUCCAACCAGAGCCAUGGGGAGUACCCAGACUGCAGGAGUGAGAGGGAGUCGGGAGGGGAGGCGUCUCUCCUGGUGUCUCCACUGGUGGUGGCUGGGAUUGUCAUAGGCCUGGUCCUCUUCCUCUCCUGCGUCACCAUCAUCAUCGGCAGCCUGCGCAAGGACAGCCGGCUGCGAAACCCGCACCACCGAGCCAGUUAUGGUCCAGAUGGAUUUUCCUACGGAGGGUCAGUAGGUGAGCUGAGGUCUACCUGCCUAGAAGAUUUCCCCCCCGGUUUAGACUUUGACUCGUACACAGAGACCCUGUCGCAGACCAACAACAUGUACUCCGACUCACCUCCAGGUUACGAUGAGUGCGUUGGCCCAGGUGCGACUCAGAUCUACAUCCCUACUGAUGACCCUCCACCUUACUCCUUAUUGGACCCCUGUCAGAGAGGAGCAGGGCAAGAGGAGGUGCUUAACUACAUCAACCCAGACCUUUCUUCUUAUCGUGGAGAGACGUCAGCCAGCGCUGCCUGGUUCUCCCCGUCCCACUACCCAAUAGGACUGCAGGAGCAGCAGCAGAUCGCAUCCAUUUCCUUCCCACUGGAGGCCGCGCCCCCCUAUGAGUCAGUGGUGGGGGAGCAAGGACAGCCCCUUCCACUCAUGCCAUGUGACCUGUACAAGCACCAAUCAGCGACGGGGGAUGACGGCAACUCCCGGCAACCAGGGGCAAGCCAGAUCCUGUAGAACAAUCUGUAUGUUCCUUUUGAGUGGGCUCUUUGGUGUCCCCAGUUCAAUUAAACGCAAUGUUUAUGAAGUGGGAGGCAAAACGGCUGGUGGUAGCAGCUGUGACAUCAGUUGAAAGCAAGGGAACCUGCAUUAAGAGAUGCACACCUUCCACACCGUCGCCAAGGCUGCGUCAAGCUUUACAGACGUCAGCAGCUCAGUGGACUGACAUGCAGCCAGCACUCUAGUGACAGUGGGUACCACAGUUGAUCUCUGGACAAAAAGCUCGCUUCAUGUAGCGUCGUACUUCCCUCCUCUAAUGCUUCUGUUCAAAAGGUGUGUGGUCCCGACGGUGCCCCAGUUAAGAACAAAUUUCCACCGCCAUCGUCUAGUUCUGUUUUUACUGGAUCAGGCUGUUAGUCCCUCUCUGGAAUCAGGACUGAUCCCAGAUUCAUGUACCCUUUGGAGUUUAGGCAGAAUUAUGGCUACUGAGCGUAACAUGUGUUCAUCAUAGGCAAUUGCAAGCUGACUGUCUGUACAAACAUGGUUGAGUGUAAACAAUGUCAGUGUGGUAUCCUGUAGUGUAGUUUAAGGUAUGCACAAGCACACAGAGAAUCCCCUCCUGUUUUUCUUGGCAUGGUAGAGUAUCCUCGCCUGUCAGCCUCACUUAAUUAGGUACUGGAUUAUGGGGUACAGUAUAAUCCUGAAUUACCAACAUGCCAUUGAUGAUUUCCAGUCUAGUGUGUAAAUGCAGUGUGCUGUUUGGAUGGAAGUGAUGGAAGUAGUCCAAUGGUUAGAGAAAUUAUUGUGUGAAAAGAUGGCUGCCAUUUCUCACUAAAUGGGAAAAUCUGGGCAGGAACAUUGAAAGAGACACUCCACCACUAACUGUUACUGAGAUGCCCUUAAGCAAGGCACCAAACCCUAAAAGCUCCAGUGGAGUUUCACAGUCCAAUAGUAGAAGACGGUUGUAAUGGGCAGCUCCUUGGUGUGAAUGUAUGUAACUGUGUGUGUGUGUGUGUGUGUGUGUGUGUGUGAGAGGCAGGGAGAUGCAGAAAAGGAGCAAACCUUUUGUAAUCAAUAAUGGUUAAAGAAUAGUAAACACUUAAACACAUUAGCUGGGCUGUAUAUAGACAAUGAUGUGUUAGCAGCCGUACCAGAGCCAUAGAUAGAGUAAUUACAGCCAUUACAGUCGUUAGUGGUAGCCAUGUUAGCUCGACAGUCCUAUUACCUUGUAACUAUAUGCCAGCUGAUGUUUAGAAAGGUAGGCAUCUCACUAUGGUGAUGUUAAAGGGCACUGUUAAGGGGCACUGUUAAAUAUUUGCAGCAAACUCUUAUCACUAGAGAAGGGGCACCAACAUAGAGACAGAGACAACGCAUCAUAUUCAAAAAGCCGCAACCCACCAGAGGGGAAAACAAUGGAACCAAAGGGAAAAAUACUUAUUUAAAUAUCUGUGACUGGCAAGUUUUAGCAUGACAAAGGAAUAUUUUUGCACCCUAUGUUCACUAGAGUGGAGGAUGUUAAUAUUUUUGGCAUCACACCGAGUGAAAGAAAUGAAACCUUAAUUCAAAUGAUGUAGCCUGUUUAAAUUCCACAUUUUCUUUAAUAUUCCCCACUGCAGGGGGGAGUUGGUGUGUUAAUUUGUAGAUGAUUACAACCCAAGUUCAAUAUUCUAAAGAUAGUUUAUCUUAAAACAAUAUAAUGAACAGAUUGGACUCUUACCAAAACCUGAUUGUGGAUUUUUAUCUUGUUGUUAGUACACACCACCACACAGCAGCAUGUUUUUCUAGCUUGUUAAUAAACCAAAAUCGCGAGUCACAAUGUGAUGUCAGUGGAGGGCAACCGAAUGAUUGCCCCUCUGGGAUGGGUGGGGCUUAUUUGUGCUCUGUCUCUAUGACACCUGCUGUACAGUUUGUCCCAACUCUUUCUACCAAGGGCUCUGGUUGUAUUAUCAACACUGUAACUAGACCCCCAGCAGCGUCAUGUAGCUUGGAGCCCUCCGUACCAUGAGGUUGGGUCAAUGCAACAGAAAGGUUACACGUACACAGAAAUACUGUAGACCUUAACGCACUGUUCACCGUCGAAUUGUACAUUACAUGUUUAUAUAUGCCUCUCUCUGUCUGUGUGUGUUCCUGUCCGUCUCUCUCAUCUCAAGAAUCACCAUAAGAGCUGUUGCAUCGCAAAUCUUUCUAGAAACCAUGGCUGGCACCAUCUUGGAGGUCCACUGGAGAGGUGUGCACAAAUGUAUGACACCAGACAAGAGAAAUAGAAAAGACUGUUAUUGUGUAGGCCAAUUCAGUAAUAUUCCCAAGAAACAAACCAACACAUUAUGUUUCACUGUUCUUAAAAGAAGAGAAUUACUUUACUUAUUACUUCCCUAGAAAACUGAUUUGCUACACUACUUCUGACAUUACUUUUGCAUUCAGUUACCCAAUACCAGCAGAAGGUAAGUACAGUGGUGGAAAAAAGUUUUCGGACACCCCAUGCAUUUGUGAAAUAUUGCAUUAAGAAUCACUCUUAGGUCUUCAAGUGCAA